GCCCGGCUGGAGGUGGUCAAGAUGGCGGCCGGGGCGCUGCUGAGGCUGCCAGGGAGCGCGGGCCCGCAACACCAUCCCCUUCCCCUCCUCCUCCUCCGCCGCCGCCCGGCUUUCCCGCCGCCUCGCCCGGGGGGCCCUUCCCGCCUUUUUCUCCUCAGGGGCCUUGUCUCGUCGAAUAACCGAUCUGCGGAAGACAGCUGGUUGAAGUCGCUUUUUGUCCGCAAAGUAGAUCCGAGGAAAGACGCACACUCCAACCUUUUGGCUAAAAAGGAGACCAGCAGUCUUUAUAAAUUACAGUUUCACAACGUCAAACCGGAAUGCUUAGAAUCCUACAAUCGGCUUUGCGAAGAGGUGCUGCUAAAAGUCCACGAAGGAUAUCCCUGUACACUGGUGGGGACGUGGAACACGUGGUACGGAGAGCAAGAUCAGGCUGUCCACCUCUGGAGGUACGAGGGGGGCUAUCCAGCCCUCACAGAGGUCAUGAGUAAGCUUCGCCAUAACAAGGACUUCAUGGAAUUUCGCAAAGCAAGGGGAAACAUGCUUCUCUCCCGCAAGAACCAACUGCUGUUGGAGUUCAGUUUUUGGAAUGAACCCGUUCCCCGGCCGGGGCCUAACAUCUAUGAACUGAGGUCUUACCAGCUUCGUCCUGGGACGAUGAUCGAGUGGGGCAAUUACUGGGCCCGAGCCAUUCGCUUCCGGCAGGAUGACAAAGAAGCAGUCGGUGGCUUUUUCUCACAGAUUGGGCAGCUGUACAUGGUUCAUCACCUUUGGGCUUACAAAGACCUGCAGACAAGAGAAGACAUAAGGAACUCUGCGUGGCACAAACCGGGAUGGGAUGAGCUAGUGUAUUAUACAGUGCCCCUAAUACAGGAAAUGGAAUCAAGAAUUAUGAUACCACUGAAGAUUUCUCCACUUCAGUAAAGCUGCUGAUUGCCUGGUGCCUCUGGGUAGAUUUAAAUCUGAACAAGAGUUUUUGUCUCAUUUUGCUUGUUUGUUUGUUUGCUCAUUGAAUGGUAAAUUGUAUGGCAAUGGAGACCCUGACUUGAGGGAGUACUGUAAGCUGAGGCUUCUGAACGAAACCUCUUUUCUUCAGACCCUGCAGAAGCACGUAGGAGAGAGUUGCAGGGUCAACAUUUUAUGUUUUAGUGUUUAACCUGGUUCUCGGGGAAACGGUUUCAUUGAAACACAGCCAGCUAUUUGGGGAACCGGCAGGCCCUGGAGGAAACGCACAAACUUCAGUGGUAGUUUGCACGAGCUUUAAAUUCUUGAAUGAUGCUGUACUUAAUUAUUGGGAGGUUGCUGACUUACACUCCCUUCUGUUUUGUUUUGUUUUAUAUUUUGGUCACCACCGCUGCUCCUCUGGGCUACAGGACCUUCCUGGUGGGCCCCAAACAGGCCCCAAAGCAAGCCUCCUGAGUCCCCCACACACACACCAGCUAGCUUUCUUCAAACAGGGUCUUUUGUUUUGCUCAUUGGGAGAAAAGUCUCCAAUUCUUUUCUCUUUUCCUUUGACCUACCCGGGAAAAGCACUUCAUCUUAUUAUCCUGCUUUGUCUUACUCAAUUUUGUCUUAGCCAUCUGCUAAAACAAAUUGUUGAGACUUUUCCGGCUGGGGAAUGGAGAGGACUUCUGGAUUUUCUCAUAGGGAGGGAGAAGAGGAGACUUAAGGUAGCUUCUGGUUUAGGAGCCCUUUAUCAAAGUGGCAUCUGAAUUUGGAUGGGAGAAGCCAGGGGCAAGUGGUUCGCUCCUCUCCACUCCCCACUCCUGCUCCUUCAGUGCUACCCCUUACCGAACCGGUGUUCUACAACUCUUGGUUCUCUCCUUCCACCCCCUUCCUUUCCUUUCUGCAAAGGAAGCUGUAGCCUGGCACGUAGGAUCAGGCAAAAUGUUUCCCAGCGUAAGGGAAGAAGCACAGGAAGCAGAGCCUGAAUCCGGUUAAAACAAAGCUUGAAUUUCUACAAAGCUCUGUAGGAUUGGGAUCAGCUCUGCAGACUAGUUAGUGCCAUGGACCUUUUUACAAACCACUCCUGGAUUAUGUAGUGAAGCAAAGUAGGAAAAGAAAGGAAUUUUUUAAAAAAAUUAAUAAAGUGUCCAUGUUUUCAGUCAUGUGAGUGAUUAAAUUAAUGUUAACUGCAAGGAGUAAUUCUGCCAAAGCAAGAAGAAGAUGAAGCAUACAGAAUCAUUUAGGACUGGCACAAAUCUAUGGGCCUCCCGUGUCCAAUUUCCUGUUUUUGAUUUCACUGUAGAACAGAGAUUUUUCUGUGUCUGUGUGUCUGUAACGUUGUAGACACGCUGUAUGUUGCAGCGAUCAACCUGUUAGCUCACAAAUCAGCGCAGCUUGCUGUACGUCUGAUUACCGAUGAGACAUCCACUUUAUACAUUUCAGUGAGUUUUCCGGCGGAAGGGUCAAUAAAAAUCCUAUUGAUUUUCGCAUAU